GUUAAACUUAGCAAGUAGUGUCAGUUGCGACGAUAGCGUAUCGUUCAACAGUCGAAAAAAAAAUAAUAAUACGUCAUGUCUUAGAUAUUAUGAGUAGGACAACACCCAUUCGUAAAAUAUUUUUAUUAAACCUUGGUUAUGUGGUUACCGAAACAUUCGGUUCGCGAUGUUUCCAAAGUGUACAUUAAUCAAAAUCAAUGGGAAAUUCGCUCAAACACUUGCUGCUGUAACAGUGAACUUAUUUAUAAUAGCCGAUGGAAUGCACUAUGGUUGGUCAUCGCCGAUAAUUCCAAAAUUAAAAUCGGCGGAUCCACAAAUACCAUUAGAUAAGACUUCAAUAACAAUACUAGAAACAAUGUAUUUAAUCGGUGGUUUAGCUGGAUUACCAGCUACAAUGUAUCUAACCGACAUAUUAGGAAGGAAAAUCGCUAUUUUAUCAGCAAGUGUAUUAAAUUUGCUUUCCUGGAUUUUAAUAGCAUGCACAACAAACAUCUAUGUUUUGUAUAUAGCAAGAUUUUUAGCGGGAAUGACAGCGGAUAUGGGUUUUGUAUCAAUACCGAUGUACACAGCUGAAAUAUCAGAUAAAAAUAUUCGUGGAGCUUUAACUGGAUUUGUUUUGGUCGCAACAAUCUUAGGAGUUAUCAUAAUGUACAGCGCAGGGCCGUUUUUAACAAUUUCCGAAUCCGCAUUAAUCGGAGCCGGGUUAAAUGUAAUGUCGAUAGGAACGUUUAGUUUUUUACCUGAAUCUCCGUAUUAUUUACUAAAAAAUAACGAUGAAGAGAAAGGUAGGAAAUCGUUAAAAUUGUUUCGAAGGAAUUCAAAUGUUGAACAAGAAUUGGACGAGAUUAGGAUUGCCGUUGAACGUCAACGAUCUGAAAGAGGAAAAUUUAUCGAAUUAAUUGCGAAUAAAGGUAAUCGAAAAGCAAUGAUAAUAAUAACAGUAUUAAGUGCAACGUUACAUUUCGGUGGAAUGAGUGUUAUUACAAUGAACUUGAACGAAAUAUUUUCGGAAGCUGAAGAAUUUUUGUCGCCGGAAGCAUCAAGUAUAAUUUGUUCUAUAGUAAUGUUAAUCGGAGUUAUUAUAGCGUUAAGAUUAGUCGAUAAAUUUGGUAGAAAAAUACUUUUGUUUACUUCUUGUGUAUUAACAGGUUUAUCUUUAACAUUAUUAGCAACUUAUUUUGUUUUAAAAGAUAACAACUAUCAUUACAACAUCCAUUGGAUACCGUUGUUUGCUGUUAUUUGUUAUUCCGUUUUUUUAAGAAUUGGAAUAUGCCUGGUUCCUUUGGUUAUGAAUGCAGAAAUUUUUCCAUUAAACGUUAAAUCUAAAGGUAUGACGUACGGUGAUUUUAUCGGUAUAAUAAGUGGUAUUAUUUGUAUCUAUAUUUAUCAAGAAUUAACUCAUAGAUUCGGAAUUUAUUAUCCCUUGUAUAUUUUCGCUACCUGUUGUAUGUUGACUGCCUUUUUUACCGUUUUUUUUAUACCCGAAACGAAAGGAAAAACUUUAGAAGAAAUUCAAAUGAUUUUAAGGGGGGAAAAAUUAAAGGGAUCCGAAGAAAUUAAAGACGUUAAUGUAUAAUUUAUUUUAAUUUUUUUAUGGUUUUAUAUAUUUAAAUAAUAUAAUUAAUAAAUAAUUCAAAAAAUAUCUUAUUUUUAUUAACUCAACUCAACACUAAGAAAAUUAUGGUCUUCCAACCAUUUUUUUCGACGUAUUCGAAGUCAUCCGCGAUUAUUCCUUUUGAUAGAAGAGAAGUCAGCCGCCCCAAGUACCACGAACAAAACUUGUGGCAACCAACGUUUUUGAAAUCAGAAAUAAGAAGUAACAGAAAUAAGUAUUACGAGUAGAGUUGAUAUAAGAAAUAAUCUCGGCCGAUUUCGAAAACGUGUUGCUCCAAAAAGCCAGGAAACAGCUCCUCGCAAAUGACGAUUGUCGAAUUGACCGAAUGUGACAGCGUUUAGUCUUGCUGAGGAAUGAAUCAUUCUUGGCCAAAGUGUUCCGGUACUCACAACUCCAGAAGUCAGAUUUCAGUUAAAUAUGUCGAGUUUGGACUCAUUU